GUUUUUAUUUACUCACUAGUCAACUGAGCAACCUCCAUUUCCCUUCAUCUGUGUUAAAUAGCGCGCGGUAUUGAAUAAAUUUGCUUUACAAAGCGCUUUGAGUCAACAUUUUUCUCGAGCAGUAUUAAAAGCGCGAUGGCAACGACGUCAAAUUUCUUUUGAUAUGCACAUUAGAUGUUUGCUUUUGAUGAAAAGUUUACACUUUUAGAACUAUCUUGGGGGAAAGUAAACAUUUUAAAUCCAGUUAAAUUCCCUUCAGAAGCGGCAGCCUGUCGGAUCUACUCAAAUGUAUUUCAUUCUGGCUGAACAAGAGUACCACUCCAAAGCCAGUUUCCUUCACUCAGUGAUUGGUAAAAUGGACUUCAGGCACUGAAUCAGUUCAGAAUUCAUUCGUAGUAUUCAGCCAAAAAGCGGGAAUUGUUAAUUCAGUCUGUCUUCUGGGCUUUCCUUAAUCACUUUUGAAGUACCCGCUUCGGCUCAGAAAAUGAUGCCCAACAUUGAUAAAUAAGAACAGAUUCUACGCAUUUGAAAAUCAUUGCAAAACUCUCUGUACCAUCAAUCGAGAAUGGAAAGCAGCAACAGUUCUCCAUCUUCCCAAAGAAGCUUGACAAUGGAAGCAUUCACAGAUGAAGAAGAAGAUGACAAACAGCCACUUAAAGACAAACACUGCGUUUCAUACUUAGAAGAGACGAAAACGCCGAGUAAUACAUUUUUGCCUCAGAAGUUCCGUGAGAAGUGGAGUCGCGCCGCCUUCAUGGUGUCCCUCGCUUCGUUGGUGGUCACUCUAGCAUUCAGUUCCGUGUCAUUUUUCGCUUCAAAAAGCACAGAAAGUUCGUCGAUUUUUGCCAGCGCACUGGACGGGAUACUGGGGGCUUUCAACUCGUUAGCUGUAGCCUGGAGAUUCAGGGAUGUAUCCAACGGCGAGAUUGCACCAAAACGCGAGAAAAUCGCCACGUUAGGAAUCGCGGUGACUUUCACCAUAAGUGGAAGCGCGACCAUUGCGAUUGCGAUCCUUCGCUUGAUGGCACAGGACCAUCCAGAAAAACCUGACCAACUUAUCAUAAUUCUUGCUGCGAGUUUCGUAUGUUACUUUUUUCUUGCUCUCGCACAAGACUGCAUCUCCAAAAAACUGGACAGUUCUUCACUAAAAGCGUCGGCUAUAGAUUCGUGGCUGGCCGCAGCAUUGUCUGUGGGGGUAUUGAUUUCGACCUUCGUUUACAGGCAAGUUGGAACAAGCGUUUGGUUUUUAGACCAUUCCGUGGCAAUUUUUAUUGGUUUUGUUUCUCUCUUAUAUGGAAUUCAUCUGGUGGUGGAGAUAGCGUUCUGUAGGAAGCUUUCGAAACUUUCCUGAUGAGAAACUGGGAGACUUGCAAAUCGUGGCGAUUAUCAUAGAAAUUGUUUAUCGUGUUGCUAAUGUUAUUGCAUUGUUCAAAUACGGAUCAAAAAAGCACAUCGAUAUUGUAGUGAUAAAAUUAUGUUUGUAUUCAACCAGGAUUUUAGGUGUGGUAUCUGCCACUCGCCGGCUCUCUAUAUAGCCAUGCAUUUUGUUAGAAAUAAGACUGUGGGCAAACCGGUUAGAAGAUAUUGCACUCAAAAAGUAUUGAUAAUGAGAAGGGUUUAAUAACAUUUAAGUACACACAAUUAAUAUAAAUCACACAUUUCAGGUAAGACAAUCCGCAGUAAUUAAAACUCACCAAAAAGCUCUCAGUAGAUAGCGCCCCGGUUUCUGUCGACAAUGUUAAAAGAACUCAGUCACGGUUUGCGCACAUCGAAAAUUUUCGCCUCAAUUUUUCAAAUUCGUCGUCGUAAUCCGUGUUAAUC